UGGUUCUACAUCAAAAGGAAGCUGUCUUUCUCCUAACCAUAACUUCUCCUUUUUACUGUCUCAGGCCUACAUCGAGAAGUACAAAUUUACCAGUGUUGUGGCUCAAGAUCUUCUGGAUUCCUUCCUGAAUUUUUUUCCAGAGCUGAAAAAGCAAUGUGUUGAGAGCAAAGCAGGACUGGAGUUUGAACGUUGGCUCAAUGCUACAGGACCUCCGUUAGCUGAGCCAGACUUAUCUCAGGGAUCCAGUCUGACCAGACCAGUGGAGACACUCUUCAAACUCUGGACCACGGAGCCUCUGGACUCUGCUGCUGCCGCCAGCAGUUUUGAUCUCACUAAGUGGAGAACGUUCCAAACCGUGCUUUUCUUGGACAGAUUGCUGGACGGGUCACCACUGCCACAUGAGGUGAUAAAAAAGCUUUCGGAAUGUUACUCCUCUCAGCUGGACUCCAUGAAUGCAGAAAUCCGUAUCCGCUGGUUGCAGAUUGUAGUCCGAAAUGACUAUUAUCCAGACCUUUACAAAGUCCGUCGCUUCUUGGAAAACCAGAUGUCUCGGAUGUACACGAUUCCACUUUAUGAGGACCUUUGCACUGGCACCCUCAAGUCUUUUGCCUUAGAAAUUUUUUACCAGACCCAAAACCAGCUGCACCCCAAUUUGCGGAAAACCAUCCAAAUGAUUUUAUCACAGGGCUUGAAUCCACUUCCUGCCAUAGACACUACAGCAGUCACUGCAGACAGGCCAGCAAUGGUGCUUGAGGACAAAGUCUCAGAGGCCACAAACGGUGCCAUUUCACUCAGGGAUGUUAAUGUGUCUGCGUAG